AUGAGUAAAACAGAACAAUCAGCAACAGAAUGUCAAGACAGUCCCUCACUACCACCCACACCACCCAAACAAAAAGAUCAAGAGCUGAUUAACAAACGACGAGAAAAUCAUAAAUUAGUGGAAAGACGUCGACGUACAGCAAUCAAUAAAGGAAUCAGUGAGCUAGCUAUUUUAGUACCUGGGUGUGAAAAGAAUAAGAGUAGCGUGUUAAACCGUACAAUACAAUAUAUACAUCAAAUGAAUCAAAAGGAGGCAGAAUUGAUGGAAAAGUGGAGUCUAGAGAAAUUAUUGCUUGAACAAGCGGUGAAUCAGCUGUGUACAGAACGAGAUCAUUUGAAGAAAGAGAAUGAGUAUCUAAAGCAGCAGUUGGCCAGGAAACCAUUACCAUCGUCGUCGUCGUCAGCAUCAUCUUCAUAA